AUGGCUGUGCCGCGUAUAAACGUCUACUUGGACGUAGUCAGUCCGUUCGGCUAUAUCGCCUUCAGUGUACUAAAGAACUCUCCUGCUUUUGCCAAAUGUAACAUCACUUACAUCCCUAUUUUCCUGGGUGGUAUCAUGCAAGCAUGCGGGAAUACUGCCCCUAUCAAUAUCAAGAAUAAGAAUAAGUAUAUCGAAAAAGAGCGUUGCCGUUGGGCUCACUACUUCAAUAUCCCAAUUGUCCAGACAGCCCCCGAAGGCUUCCCGCCACGGACGCUAAGCACCCAGCGUGCGCUCUGUGCGAUCUCCCUAAAGCACCCGGACAAGCUUGUGCCGGCCUUUGAAACGCUCUAUCACUUGUUCUGGGUAGAGGGUAAUCCCAACAUUGCGCAGCCUGAAUGCUUCGGUCCGGCUCUUGAAGGGGUACUCGGAAAGGACGUGGCACAGUCGGUAUUGGCCGAUAUGGAUCAUGGAGACAUCAAGGCAGCCUUGAUUGCGAAUACAGAUCGAGCGUUCAAAUCAGGCUCAUUUGGCAUACCCUGGUUUGAGUGCACCAAUGACAAGGGCGAAACUGACACAUUCUGGGGAGUGGAUCAUCUGGGACAGGUUGCGGAGUUUUUGGGACUGAAUAUCAAGCAAGACAAGGGUUUCAGAGCAGCUCUGGUUUAUUUUUAUCUUCAGCAAGCCUGA